AGUUUUCCUUCGAAUUCGGACAUUUCGAUCUUACAGAGACAAGUCGUUGCGGCGAUCUGUUUUUCAGUGUAUGUUUCAACUGCUAGCGUAAAGUUUUUAAGGAGGCCCCAACGAGGUGUCGUUGUGGCGAUGGCUGACGGGCCGUCAAGGAAGCAAGCUGCACUAUUCCGGUUACGAGCACAGCUUAGAAAGAAGAGAGAAUCGCUGGCUGAUCAGUUUGAUUUCAAGAUGUUCUUGAUAAUACUUUUCAAAGAUCCGAAGAAGCCAAGUGCAUUGUUUGAGAUCGCAGAGGUCAUGCCUGUAAUGACCAACAACUAUGAGGAAAGCAUCUUACGAGGAGUGAAGGAGGAAGCGUACUCACUAGAAAGCUCGCUGGAACUCUUAGAGAAGGACGUAGUGCAGUUCCACGCUCCAAGAUAUCAAAGCCUUCGCAAAGACGUGAUUGGUUGUACACAGGAAAUGGAUUUUUAUUUGUGGCCGAGGAAUGACAUUGAGUCAUUGAAGUGUUUGUUGUUCUCCAAGUGGAAAGGUGAACCUGAUGACAGUUACAAGCCUUUGAAGGCUGAUUUUGAUUACAAUCAUGUUGACUAUGAGCGACAACUUCUGCGAUUAUUAUCGAGAAGGGACAAGACAGGAUUGAUUAUAAAUAACCCUGCACAAUCGAUGUUUAUGUUUGUUGACAGAAAGCAUUUCCAAACACCCAAGAAUGCUGCUGUCAUUUUCAAGCUAUCAAGUCUGUGUCUAUACUUACCUCAGGAUCAACUUACACACUGGGGCCCAGGAACUGUAGAUGAACUGCUUGCACCAUAUAUUCAUUGAUAUUUAGUGUGAUGUACAUUUUGCUGUUUUACAUUGAGCAUGCAUAUAAGCUGUCAUUACAUUGCGGACGAACUGCGGCACAGUGACUAGUCUUGAUGUGCGGUGAUGUGCGUCGUAUUCAUUCUGUAUGCUUCGAUACAUUGCUGGGUAUUCGUAGUAUAGAAGAUAUCGUUUAUACUUUCUAAAAA